AUGAUCAAGUGUAGAGAAGUGCUCAACGCUUUCUCAAAUUUCGUACCACAGGUAAAAAUUCCCAGAAAACCCGAGCCAUGGGCCAUUGGUUCAGAUCGUUAUUUCGUUGCCGAGGUAGGAACAAAAACAAGCCAUUCCAACAAAAACGUGAUCCAAGUUGGGGACGAAGUUAUUCAACAAUUUGCAAGUCGCUGCAAUAAGGGAGAAGUCAUAGUCAAUCUUUCCUGCGCUGUAUUUUGUGAACCUUUCUGGUUGGUACAUUGCACCUUUCAAACUGAAGAAAGCGCCAUUUACAUGCAGUAUGUAAGAAAAAGGAAAGAAAACGAGCACUAUCGAACGCGUUACUAUUUCACAGCUUAG